AUCAUUAUUAAUUCGUAAUGUUAUACUUUUGAAUUGGUUUAUUCUAUAAUCGUAAUACAGAUUUUCGUGAGUAUUUGGCAGUUUGGUUCACAUGUCAAUUUGAUAAAUGAUCAGUGACUCUUGACGGUUAAAAAAUAUACUCUUGAAGUCUUGACCCUAGAAUUAUCGAUCGGAUUAAUGUGUUCACACAAUAUCUUGGGUAUUAGAUCGUAUACUAUGGAUGGAAUAUUGUGCUAAAUAUGUUACCCAUAAACUUCGUCCACCGUGGACCGAACAAUAAACAAAAAACCGUAAACAGCGAACUGUGUCCGAUAUUUACGCGCGUAUUAUCUCGACAUAAAUCCAAUAGAUAAAGGAAUUUGAUAAUUCGAGGUUACUAGGGGUUUAUUGUCAAUAAAUUUGUAAACUCGAUAAGAAAUAAUCAAUAGUUCAUAACUCAUUUUACUCAUAUUCAGUCGAAGCCAAGCCAGCCGGUCAAACUUAAUCAGCGCUUUGUAAUCGUGAACGAUCAUUAUUUAUUAUGUAUUAACAUUACAAAAACAUUCGGUGUACAUUAUAAUUAAUAAUUAUGUGUAGACAAAAAAAAAAUGUAUAUAUAGGUAUUAUACACGUAUAAUUCACAAUUCCGGUUCAUGAACGUUUGCCACGGUAACGGUAGGCCCGAAAUGGACAAGUACCGUAGGUUUAGCACUCGUAUUGCGUCCGUGAGCGCGUCGCGAUCGCCGCCGACAGUGGAGUGACCGAAAAUGUUUCCGGUUGGCACGACGCAUUUCUUUUUCUUCCGUUUAAUACUGCCGAAUGCGUACGCAACGCUCGCGUUACGGCACAAUAUCGCGCACGCGUCGUCCGGAAUUAUACGCGGCGCCGUCAAAGGCGGAUCCAAAAAAAGAAACUACCCCGUCCGUAUUCGAAUACGUCUAAAGGCGCGCGUACCACCGUAUUAUGUUCGACGUUAAUAUUGAUUAACAACGAAUCCAAUUAUAGUAAUUUUAUAGUAAUAUUCGUGCGUCACGGUUUACAAACGAAAAUCCGAGUUGAUCCGUGCUAAACGGAAACUGAAUAUUUAUCAAAUGAAACCCGGUUGACGAAUUGACGAUAACACAAUGUGGUACGUGACCAAUAAUGAGUGUUGGCGAUUUAAAACACGACUUUUGUGGUUUCUUUUGAAACCACGGAUAAAAAUCCGUGUGUUACGGUAAAACGUAACAUUGAAAUUUGAAAUUUAAAAUUUUGAUAAUAACGUACACUAUUGCAUACUCGAUUGUAUAUUAUGUUCGAUAUUUUAGCCGGCAAAAUGGUAACACUUUAGUACUCUACCCCGUUAUCACGUUAAAAUAUGUCUCAUGAGCCGUGAGUAAAAUUGAUUUACCGAAUAGUCUGUGUCUACAUUUUCUGUAUUUUAUUUAUGCGUUUUUAAAAUCCUUCCGACGUUACAGGUUUACAUCGUAACCAUGUAUUCAAUUACAUUUCGUACGUGUCUGGUACCACACUUCAGAAAUUGUUUGAACAAAUACAAAGUAAAUACCAAACCGGUAAUAGUCUCUAACCAAUACGUAAGUUUUCAAAAAAGUAAAUUUUUCUCACUCAUUGUAAUAUCUAUGUUUACCCUGUUAUAGUUGACAACAGAUUCUCAGGCCCACAGUGUCAAUGUUCAGACCAAAGACAUAAAGUGGCAAAAUGUCUAUAAAGGAACGUUGGGUCCUCGUAUACGUAAUUUGAAAAUUGUGUCAUUUAUGACUAGCGGAGUAGGACUUUGUGUACAGCCAAUGUUACUGCAAAAAGCUUCAGAGAUCGGUACUAGUUUGGCUGCCACCAUUGGUGUAUGCGUCAUUACUGGUGUUUUUACUUUUAUCACACCAGUACUUAUUCAUUUGGUAACCAGAAAAUAUGUGACAUCUGUUGAGUACAAUAAAGAAAAUGACGAGUAUAUGGCUAGUGUUCUUUCAUUUUUUUUAAAACCUAUAAAAGUGAGUAAUUCUAAUUUAAUAUAAUUUAUUAGUGCUGAAUAGGACUAUUAAGAAAUGCACUUAUUUGUAUGAUUAUCAAAUUAUCAAUUUUCCUUGAUUUAUUAUACGUGUUGUAUCAGUCUAUUUGCGACCAAGGUAGAGUAUACAUGAUAUACUCAGCUUAUUUGGGCAUUAUUUUAUUUAAAUACAAAUUCAAACAAUUAAUAUCAAUAUAGGUAAAUGUUUUUAAAUAAAAGUUUAAAUAACAAAUGCAAAUACUUAUAUUUGUAUAAAUAAAAAAUAUUCUAUAAUAUGUGAGCUUGCUUAAGAACUUAGAUCUCAUUUGAUACAGUAUUAUUAUUAUUAUUUUCUAGUUGUACUACAAUACUAGCUGUAUUAACUAUGAAAAACUUAGUACUUGUUUUUACAAUUUUCUUAAUUUAAUUAUUUAAUGGUAUUUUAAAUAACGGAUACAAAAUUAUUCAUUUUAAUUAAUUCAUAGUAAAACAUCUGAUACAUUGGUAUAAUUCAGCGGUUUUCAACAUUUGCGUGGCGGCUCUUAGGGGCUUUGUGAUUUAUUGCCAAGGGAGCUGAGUCUAUAGUAAAUAUUGUACAGUAAUACAGUAAAUUUGUUUACUUUAAUUUUUAUUAUCAUUAUUUGUAAGAAAGCCGCUAAUUUGGUUUUCAAAAUCAGAAAAGCCGUGGACCCAAAAAGGUUGACUGUUCAUAUUCACAUAAACUGUAUACAAUUUACAUUUUUUCCUUUUUUUGUUUGUCAUUUUAAAUACAAAAGUACAAUAGAUAGUAGGUACCUAAGUAAAUAAAAUACGGUAAUACAAAAUAAAUAUAUUAUGAUUUAGAAAAACCACAAGUAACUACUAUAAAGAGACUGACGUGUCAAAUUGCAAAAAUAUAGUUUUCAAAUAUUUUAUUUGAUUAGUUCUGUUGUUACUCAUAAUAAAAUGUCAAUUUUAUGAUAAUACAUGUCGCGUUGCUCGAAAAUUAAAUUAGAAAGUUAGAUUAAAAUGUAUUCUUUGUGAACGUUUGUUGCAUUUAAUAGUAUUCUGGGCAAUGUUUAAUAAGUUAACUAUUAUCUAAAUUUGUAUACUUCUAUUGGUAAUACUGAACUUUGAUAUCGUGUUAUAAAAAAUUAAAUAUUGUUAUUUUUUGUAUUUACUGAAGUUGGGCUUGUUAAAAAAAAAGUGUGAGACUUUAAUGUAAUUAUCCAUUUUUAGAUUAAUUUAAUGAUGAAUAUUUUAUAUCAUAAUUACAAAAAAUUAAAAACAUUUACAUGCGAAUAUUACUUAUUCAUUUUAUUAUUAUAAUUUAGUUUCUAGUAUUUACCUUUUAAUAUCAUUUAACUAUUGAUUAUAUACAUUUAUAAAAUUGUACAUAUUUUAUCUAACAAAAGUUGUUUUAAAUAAAUGACCAUAUUAUUUGUUUUUUUAAUUAUGAACACAAAUUUAAAUUCAAAAUUUAAUAUGAUUUCAGGUGCAGUUCAAACCUCAUCAUGUAAGAUUACCUAUGUCACAGAAAUUGACAGUUACAUUUUAUGCAAAAGAAUACCCUUUUUUUGUGGAUCCACAAUCUUUUGUUGAUGUCAUGCAUUAUCAGCGUAUAUUAGGAUAUGACAAACCUUAUGAAUUUAAUGAAGGACCUGCUAAUGUUUGUAAAAAACCUGUGGUUAAACCUAUUAGUAAGAGUUAAGGCUACACAUUUGGAAAUAUAGUUGUUUCUUAUUUAUUAAAUUUGUUAUG